AUGCUUCUCCGGUUACCACCUAGCCUCCAUUACCCGAUCACCGUCACGUCGCUGCUGAAACAGCCCGGUGAUAAGGUGGAACGGGAUGAGGCGCUAUUCUGGUACGUGUACCAGACGACUGUGACGGAGGGGGAUGGGCUGGGGAAUAAGGUGGAUGUGAAGCGCAAGUUCCCGACGAAGUUCGAAUCGACGGUCGAUGGAGAGGUGGUGCAGUGGAAGAUUGAGAAGGGGGAUGUUAUCGAUGAGCCGGUCGAUGUUUUGGAGGUUGAUGAGCCAUGUGCUCAUGAGGUUCAAUUUGGUGGGCUUUGUGCUAUUUGUGGCAAGGAUAUGACUGAUUUUUCGUACAAUACUGAGGUGACGGAUGUGCAUCGCGCGCCGAUUCAGAUGGCCCACGAUAAUACCACGUUGACGGUCAGUGAACAAGAAGCUACGCGGGUGGAAGAGGAUGCGAAACGCCGCUUACUGGCGAAUCGGAAACUGUCGCUGGUCGUCGAUCUGGACCAGACCAUUAUUCAUGCUACCGUCGAUCCGACUGUCGGAGAGUGGAUGCAGGACAAGGAAAACCCGAAUUAUCAGGCUCUGAGCGAUGUGCGUGCGUUUCAGCUGGUAGAUGAUGGGCCGGGAAUGCGCGGGUGCUGGUACUAUGUGAAGCUACGACCGGGGCUAGAGUCGUUUCUGCAGAAUGUGUCGGAGAUGUAUGAGCUACAUAUCUACACCAUGGGAACGAGGUCCUAUGCGCAACAUAUCGCUAGUAUCAUAGAUCCAGACCGCAAACUCUUUGGUGACCGUAUUCUCAGCCGAGAUGAGAGUGGCAGCUUGGUGGCCAAGAACCUGCACCGGCUGUUCCCGGUGGACACCAAGAUGGUCGUCAUUAUCGACGACCGCGGGGACGUCUGGCGCUGGAACCCCAAUCUCAUCAAGGUGUCGCCGUACGACUUCUUCGUCGGCAUCGGGGACAUCAACUCUAGUUUCCUCCCGAAGAAGCAGGAGCUGGGACCUCCCAGCAAAGGGGGUGAGAAGCCGGCAGCGAAGACAGCCAAGGGGGGGUUGGCGGAACAUCAUGUCAACGGGGCGACGGCAAAGAGAGACGACCAGACAGAGGUAUCGACAUUGGAACAGCUGGUAACCAUGGGUGGCGGCGAUAAUCCCAGGUUAUUACAAGAGCAGAGCGAUGCACAAGAGGAGACAAUCAUGCAUCAAGUGGAGGACCGGCCAUUACUGCAGAAGCAAAAGGAGCUAGACGCGGAGGACGAUGCAGCAGAGAGCAGCGAUACAUCCAGCAGCAUAGACGACUCACAAGAUCUGAGCAAGCACCGACAUCACCUACUGGAGGACAAUGAUCGGGAGCUGUUCGACCUCGAGGUGCGUUUGGAGCAAGUACACCGGGACUUUUUCGACGAAUACGACCGACGACGUUCACGGGCCCUGGGCGGACGAGUCGCCGCCCUGCGCGGCGAAAAGCCGUCCAAGGAGAAGGACGUCGACCUGAAACUAGUCCCAGACGUCAAGAUCAUCAUGCCCCAAAUGAAGCAUCGAAUCCUCGGCGGCGUGACCCUCGUGUUCUCCGGUGUGCUUCCCCUCGGCACGGAUACACAGAAUGCCGACAUCUCCCUCUGGGCGAAGAGUUUCGGAGCGGUCAUUGCAUCAAAGAUCAACAUGAAGACCACGCAUCUCGUCGCCGGGCGGAACCGCACAGCCAAAGUGCGCGAAGCGACCCGGUAUCCGAAAGUUAAGAUCGUCACGACACAAUGGCUAGUGGACUGCCUGACGCAAUGGAAGCGCUUAGCGGAGGAGCCGUAUCUCCUCCCUGUGCAUCCGGACGACCGUGGCGAGCCAAUUUCACCGGGAUCCAAAGAGGUAGCGGAGAGCGCGUGGCUCUCAUCGUCGGACGAGGCAACGGGCGACUCUGUAGCGGAUGACGAAGAGGCAACAGAGGAGAUUCUCAAAUCCGCAGGCAUAUCCGAAAUGUCGCCCCUCGGCUACGACGACGAGGAGCAGGCCGCGGUCCACGAUGAGCUCAAGGAGUUCCUAGGCAGUGACGAUGAGAGCGAGAGCGACAGCGAAGCCACAUUCAUGGAUGAGCCAGGCACUCCUGCCAGCAAGAAGCGGAAGCGCGAGGAAGGAGAAGGCGGCGACGAUGACGACGACCAGGAUACGGAUAGUGCCGGCGAGGGUGACGAGCCAGGCUCGCGGCUAGCUCAGCGGAUCAAGCGGUCAUACGAGCGCAGCACGGGGCUGAAGGAAGUAGCCAGCGCAGGGGCGGUAGAGUCGACUGCAAGCACAACAGCAUCUGCAACGGAACCGGGGACAGAGGAGCCGGAGCAGGUCGCUGACAAGUCGAGCCCGCCUGAUCCCGCAGAGGUGGAUCCGGCCGACGAGGAUGACGAGCUGGAGCGCGAGAUGAUGGCUGCACUGGAGGGAGGGGAUUACAAUUCGGAGGCGGAGGAACAAAUUGCGAAUGAGAAUGAAUAG